CUCCCACAAUGCUCGCGUAGCCCUGCUUCGCCUCCGGUGGCGGCGGCGGCUACGGCAGCUCCAAGAUGGCGCAGGCGAUCUUCGAGGCCCUGGAGGGGAUGGACAAUCAGACCGUUUUGGCUGUCCAGUCCCUGUUGGAUGGCCAAGGAGCGGUCCCUGAUCCAACAGGCCAGAGCGUGAAUACACCUGCUCCUAUUCAGCCACUGGAUGAUGAGGAUGUCUUCCUCUGCGGAAAAUGUAAGAAGCAGUUCAACUCGCUGCCGGCAUUUAUGACCCACAAGCGGGAACAGUGCCCGGGGAACGCACCGGCCCUGGCUACAGUGUCGCUGGCCACCAACAGCAUCUACACACCACCCUCAGCAGCACCUGCGGCACUCCAGCCAGCCCCGCCUCCUGCCAAUCGUCAGAUCUCCACAUAUAUCACAGUGCCCCCGUCCCCGCUGAUCCAGACCCUGGUGCAAGGGAACAUCUUGGUGAGUGACGACGUGCUCAUGUCUGCCAUGUCAGCCUUCACCUCCCUGGACCAGCCCAUGCCCCAGGGCUCCCCGCCUGUGCAGAGCAGCCUGAAUAUGCAUUCCGUGCCCAGCUACCUCACCCAGCCACCUCCACCGCCACCCCCACCUCCACCACCGCCUCUGCCCCCUCCCCCACAGCCCCCGCCACCCCCACCCCAGAGCCUGGGCCCCCCAGGACGGCCCAAUCCUGGUGGGAACGGUGUGGUGGAAGUGUACAGUACUGCAGCGCCCCUGGCAGGGGCUGGGACCGUGGAGAUCCAGGCUCUGGGAAUGCAGCCCUACCCGCCCCUGGAGGUGCCAAGCCAGUGUGUGGAGGCUCCAGUGUACCCAGCACCCCCUGUGUACAGCCCUGGCAAGCAGGGAUUCAAACCAAAAGGACCAAAUCCUGCUGCCCCCAUGACCAGCACCACUGCAGGCUCAGUUACCGCCUUUGAGCCCCCGCCCACACUGAAGACCCGACGGGCUAAAGAUGCCGGUGGACUGCUAGAAGCCGCAGGAAAACCAAAGGCUCAGAAGCUCAAGUGCUCGUAUUGUGACAAAUCGUUCACCAAAAACUUUGACCUGCAGCAGCACAUCCGAAGCCACACCGGGGAGAAGCCCUUCCAGUGCAUUGCAUGUGGCCGCGCCUUUGCCCAGAAGUCCAAUGUCAAGAAGCACAUGCAGACCCACAAGGUGUGGCCUCCGGGGCGCAGUGGCAGUACCGUUUCACGCAACUCAGUGACUGUACAGGUCAUGGCCUUGAACCCCAGCCGGCAGGAGAAUGAGGAAAACACAGGGCUGAGCCAGACCCUGGCUGGUGCAUCGCAGCCGCAGGCCCUGGCCACGGCAGGCGAGGACGAGGGAGACAAGCUGGAGACCAAGCAGGUGGUCCUCAUCGACAGCUCCUACCUGUGCCAGUUUUGUCCCAACAAAUUCAGCACCUACUUUCAGCUCAAGUCCCACAUGACCCAGCACAAGAACGAGCAGGUAUACAAGUGCGUGGUCAAAAGCUGCGCACAGACCUUCCCAAAGCUCGACACGUUCCUGGAACACAUCAAGAGCCACCAGGAGGAGCUGAGCUACCGCUGCCACCUGUGUGGCAAAGACUUCCCGUCGCUCUAUGACCUGGGCGUGCACCAGUACUCACACAGCCUUCUGCCACAGCACAGUCCCCGAAAGGACAGCGCUGUGUACAAGUGUGUCAAAUGCGUCAACAAGUACUCCACCCCGGGGGCCCUGGAGCACCACCUGCAGACAGCCACUCACAACUUCCCCUGUCCACACUGUCAGAAGGUGUUUCCUUGUGAACGGUACUUGCGGCGUCACCUGCCCACCCACGGCAGUGGUGGCAGGUUCAAGUGUCAGGUAUGCAAGAAGUUCUUCCGGCGGGAGCACUACCUCAAACUGCACGCGCACAUUCACUCAGGUGAGAAACCCUACAAAUGCUCAGUGUGCGAGUCCGCGUUCAACCGCAAGGACAAGCUGAAGAGGCACAUGUUGAUCCACGAGCCCUUCAAGAAAUACAAAUGCCCAUUCUCGACGCACACCGGCUGCAGUAAAGAGUUCAACCGACCCGACAAACUGAAGGCUCACAUCCUUUCCCACUCUGGCAUGAAGCUCCACAAAUGCGCCCUGUGCAGCAAGUCCUUCAGCCGCCGCGCCCACCUCGCUGAGCACCAGCGCGCCCACACGGGCAACUACAAGUUCCGCUGUGCCGGCUGUGCCAAGGGCUUCUCCCGCCACAAAUACCUCAAGGAUCACCGUUGCCGCCUGGGCUCCCAAAAGGACAAGGACUUGCAACCCCGGCGUCCCCCCCGGAGGAGGGCAACUCCCCGCAGCAGCAACAGCAGCACUAGUGGUGGUGGUGGUGGACACAAACCAGGGACACCAUUGCCUGACCCACUGGGGCUGCAGGAACUGAAGGACGCAGGGACGGGACCGGUGGCUGAGGCCACCCCAGGGAAGACACCCUUUGCAGAGCCGGAUGCAGUGCUGUCCAUUGUGGUGGGUGGUCCUGUGGGCGGGGACUCAGAGUUGGUAGUGCCUGGGCACACUGAGGGCCUGGGCUCCAACCUGGCAUUGGCUGAACUACAGGCUGGGGCCGAGGGCCCUUGUGCCAUGCUUGCUGUACCUGUCUACAUCCAGGCCUCUGAGUGACCUAGGGACCUGUGGCAUUUGUUUGCAUGGAUCAGCCUAGUGCACACAUGUCUGGGGCCUUUGCGUGCAGAAA